GAGUUGGAGAUAAUUGAAAAUUCUGAAUUUAUAUGAAAAUGUCACUGCUUGCAUUAAGUAGGGAUUACGUUAUCUAGAAUUAAGUUCUAAUUGUAAAUUAUAAAGCAAUACAUAUAUAAAUCUGUAAAACAACGAGUAUGGCGUGGCCAGAGGAAUGGAAUAAACCACCUCUCAAUGGCCAAGACAACUUCUUCACAAGGGACUCCUUAAACAAGUCAUUACUCAGCAUUUCAUUUAAAGAUAGCCUUAUUGCCAAACAUGAAGAGGUACUCAACCAAAAUGAUCAGACAAGAAAUAGCAAAGACAAGAACUUACACAGAACUGCUAGUAAGUCCUGGGCUACCACCACACAGACAAAGACUAAACAGCAGGCCUUACGAACUCUAACUGGUGAAGUAAAGAAAACUGAUGUCAUCAAUGAAUUAACUGGUGAUGGCUUUCAAUCUGAAGUUUUCCCUAGUGUAGAGAUAGGAUCUGAGCUUGAGGGGACCUCAGGAGAAAAAUCAUCUGUUACUAUGCCAACAACUGAUCAAUCAGUCUCUGUUACAUCUCAACAAAUGCCACUAUCCAUGACAAAAGGUCAACAAUCACAAGAAUCUAAGACAAUUGGCAAUAAAGCACCAGCAUCCAAGCCAACAGUGCAUCAAGCAUCAACACAUCCAGUAUCUAUGACAACUGCUCAACAGUUAAAAACACCAGGACAACAACAUCAACAACUUGCACCAAAGUUUCCCCAUGUUGAGAAAAUGACACAUACAGUGUUCAAAUCUCUAUACCAGCCAUAUGUCCCUUAUCCUCGGAAGUCAUCUCUCACUAAGGAAGAGCAGAAGAUCUACAUAGAGCUGUAUAACACGUUUCUCACAUACCUGCCACAGAAGCCUAGUCCACAGGAGAUUGUUCAGAUCAAUAAGUUUAGAGAACUUCAGAUGAAGGUCGGUCCAGAGCAAGAGGAAUUUCUCCGCUACUCCGAGAAGAAUGCUAUGGCUGCAGAAAAGGACUAUACAUCUAUGGCACCAGGCAUACACACUUACAUGCAGGAGUAUGUUGAGCACCAGAGAGGCCGAGUGCUGGGUUAUGGGAAAUACUUCACAGUAAAAGAGACAAUUCCCAUUGUACCAACCAGCAAGGCAAAGGCAGAGGUUACCUUUCAACAUACAAAAACACUUCUAUCUGUUGGUCACAGUGCCAAAGCCAUACUUCCGAAUAUGUCAGAUGUGGUGAAACCCAAAUGUAGUACAGACUACAGUAAGGUGAACAAACGCUUCCCAGCCAGGAUGCCAUCAAACUCCAAUGUUAAACAGCCCUGUAGUAAAGACCCCAACAUAAAGCAGCUGCUAGCUCAGUAUAAUACAGAUAUUGUCGUAUCUUCAAGUGGCCUGAAGUGUCUCCUUGACAACAAUGCACCUCAGUUCUCCCGGCAAUGGAUGCUCCCUCUAUUGGUAAAAGAAUACACUACAAAAGUCAAUGGAAAAUCAGUGCAGAAAAAAGUUGUCAUCAUCGAUAAGCCCUUCCUGAGUAAGACUCCUAGUCACCGGGAAAAAAUGACAAAAUUCAAUAAACUUGCCAUGAGGGUGCUUAUAACCCACCCUCACCAUAGUAGUAGUAAGGUUCACCAGAGGUUUGGUGCAAAACCAAGAGAUAUUAACGAGGACAUUGAUAAACCAUUCAAACCUGAGCCUAAAGCUAAAGUUGAGGUGGAAGAAGAUCUGUUUGAUAGUUUUAGUACUGAAAUUGAGGAUCUAGAAACCUUUGGGACUGACCUAAAGUCUAAACCUGACCAUGGGGAUAUCAAAAUACAGCAAAUGGCUCCAAAUGAACAAAGGAAAGGGAGUGAAUCUGAAGAAGCAAUAGAAAAAGGACAAACAAUAGAUCAAGCAAUAGACAAAGGACAAGCAAUAGAAAGAAUGAAAUGGAAAAUAAAACUAAUUGACAAAACUCCUGAGAUGACAGAACGGGCUGAAAACAUUAAAUCUAGAAUAAAAACUAGCGAGUUAGAAGUACCUGUUGAUCCUCGUCUUUUGGCACAGCGACAACUUGUCAAGUUUUCAGAUGCCCCGAGUAGUCCACCUUCAUCAGAGAAAUCUGGGAAGGAUACUUAUACCGUAAUAGUUGGGAAACCUGCAGUCCUCCCUCCAGAAAUCCCAGAUCUACCAUCUAAAUCAGAGCUUCCAUCGCCAGCCAGCCCUGACAAAUCGGAAAAAACAGUAACCAUACCAACUAAAUCUAAGUCAAAGGAUGCUAAUUUAACACAAGAGGAAGUGUUAUCAAAGUUAAAAGUAACACGAAAAAGAGGUAGACCCAAGAAGCAAGCUGUAGGUGUUAAUGUUAGUAGAUCCAGUGAUGAUGAAAUGUUGAUUAUUGACUCAAAUGAAGAGAGUAUUGUGACAUCCCCAAAGGUGGCUAAAGUUCUCGAAUCACCAGGCAGGGUAACAAGAGGUAGAGCUAAAGGACAGAUGGAAGAUAUCAAAUCUAAAAGCCCAAAGAGGAGGAGUUCCUCUAAUACCAGUGAAAAGCAACAGUCUGUAUCAAAACAACAUUUGAAGGAACAACAGGAAGUAGAUGUCACUACUGAAGCAGAGGAGCCCUAUGUUAAGACACUAAGAAGAACUCGUAGCACUAUGCGUCAACCUGGCCAAGCCACUGACGUUGCAUCAGAGCACAACAAUGUAGCACAACAACAGGAUUCCAAUAGGAAAGCUAACAUGAAAUCUAAACCCAAGCCAAGUGAAAUUAACCAAGAUAGUAAUAUUAAAGAAGAUAAAAUGCAGAUGAAAAAAGUAAAGCAAAUCAAAAAAGAUAUCAAGAAUGAGCCUGCCACAGGGUCAGUGUCUUCUAUGAUGGACCAGAUCAUGUUGGAUCAGGAGAAGAUGUACAAGCUAGGAGCUAACAAAGCAGCCAAAGGUGUCAAACAGGACACUGACACAUCUGGUCAGGGAGCCAAGCAGAAGAUACAUGAUCCUAUCACAAUAGAGACAUGUGAGAGUGCAGAGAACUACCACUCAGUAGCAGACAACCAGCUGACAUACAGCCUUUGGAAACUAGGUGACCUCAGCAUGAUGGUUCGCUGUGCUCUACAUGGCCUCAUCAGACAGUAUAGGAAAGAGCCAUACUAUGUGCAACUCAGCGCUAAGAUGGAGUACCAGACCAUAUUUGGUGGAGAACAAUGCACGGCAAGUGAGAUUUCUCGGGACUGGAUCAAAACAAAGAUUAGAGAACAAUUUGCUGCUAGGCUUAUCAGAGGUCGUAUAAAUAACACAACCAAUGAGAUUGUAAUCCUUGAUGAAAUAGAGCACAAAGACAUCAUCUAUCCAAGAUGUCCAUUCAACCCAUCACUUGGAGUGGAGUCAUUGCAAGGAAUACUUUCAAAACUAAGCAAACUGCCAGUUGGAGAGUACCUUCUAUCCCAUGAGGCAGGGGAACCUCAUUGCUCAGUAAGCUCAUCUACAGAACAGAAAAGCGGAACAUUUGACCUGCGCCAUUGCUAUCAGGGAUACACAGACAAAGUUGUCCCUAUUUUAAGACAGUGGAUACCUGUAGACCCCAAUACCUUCUUACCCUGGCAGAAAAAAUAUAAUCGGAUUCCUGCUACAUUUGAACCCAGAGAGAAUCCUCAAGGUCCAACACCUACAAACCUUAACAAAUCUAAAGCUAAGAAAAACAGAAAGAGAGCAAGAAAAGGGAAAGGUCAGGCUCAACUACAGACUAAAUAAGAACAUUCUGAUCAUUUGAGAAUUUGUGUGAACAUUUGCAAAAUGUCAUACAAAGACACAGAAUUUAAUUAUUUGACUUAUUCACUCAUCAUGUAGAUGAUUUGAAAUUGUACAAAUUAUUUUUUUGUGAAAUAAAAAAUACCAGCUCUUAAAAUUAAACUCGAGGUUUUUCACUUUCAAUAUUCAUGGUUACUGGUUAUAUAACAUGGGCAAUAUGAGGAAUCUACCUUGAAUAAGAUAUCAAAUUUUCAGCAAGACACAGGGUAAACAAUAUUGUUAAAAGUGAUAAGAAUUUACUGAGAAGCAUCCAUGAAAUUUUCAAAUAAAUCUGUCAAGUGGUUUGGCU